UCAGUUGUAGACAAAAUGUUCAGCGACAAAAUGGAUCAGUCCACUGAGUUGACCAGCCAGACGGAAAUCGACUCCGCCGUUGUCCACUCGGUAAAGAUCCAAGAGACGGAGGACCUCGUAUUCAACGAAAAGCACCAGAUAUUUGACAUUGCACCCAGGCCGCACGUCGAGUUGUCUGGCCAUUUCUUACGAAGUUUCGCCUAUUUCACGCUUAAGCACCGCUCGCCCAUGAUGUUGGGGGAAAUGAUUAGUUUCCUACAUGAUUACGAGCCGAAGAUAAUGGAGACCUUUGGAUCCUAUGCACACUUCGAUUUGAAAAGGAUUUGCUGGAGUCUGCAGCUGCUGCGCGAUGAGGUACAGGAAAACCAGGAGUUUCAGCUGUUCCAUGGCAAGGCCCCUGAUGUCGAGGACUGGAAUCGGUUUAUUAGCACUCUGGACGAGGAUAGGAAUCGUUGGUUCUCCUCCGUCUGGCUGCACGCCGAAUGCUAUAUGUAUAGACGCAUUUGGGCUAUUUUUCGGCGCUCUGAUUUGCUCUCCAGCUACGACUACUUUUCCCAGAAAAAGAUCGAUGCCACGACAAGCGUCGUGAAACUAAUGAGGGAUGUUAUCAUGGGUAUGCGGGGAAUGCUGCGCUCUCAGGAGAAAUUCCAGCGCAUGCUGAAGCUGUCCCUGUGGAGCAAUCGCUGUGAUCUGUCCAUAAACAAACAGGCUCCAGAUGCUCAGUUUCUGAAGCUAAUGGCGGAUUACGAGUCUGAUCUGCUGGUGGAUCAGUCUGCGGAUGUCUGGCGUGUCCUCACCGAGGCCUGGGACCCCGUUUAUGUGGACAUUGUGUGUGAUAACGCUGGCUUCGAGCUCUUCUCAGACCUGCUGUUGGCCGAAUACCUCAUCGAAACGGGCUUGGCUCUCAAAGUGCGAUUCCAUGUCAAGGCCAUUCCUUGGUUCAUCUCCGACGUCACUAAGCAGGACUUUCUCUGGAUGCUGAGAUUCCUUCGCAGUCACAAGACUGCCGAAAUAGCCGCAUUCGGACGACGUCUGCGUCGAUACAUGCGGGAUCGUUCGUUCGUCUUGUGCGACACCUGCUACUUUUGGACCAGCCCCCACGACUGCAGCCAGAUGAAGAAGCGCCUGCCCUGCCUGUACGUCUCUCUCAGCGAGGCAGCGCUGGUCAUCUUCAAGGGGGAUCUCAACUACCGCAAACUGCUAGGCGAUAUCAACUGGGAUUACACAGCGCCUCUGAUCGAAUGCAUGCGUGGCUUCUUUCCGACCAGUGUGUGUGCGUUGCGUACCAUAAAGUCGGACAUCUACUGCGGUCUCCCAAUAUGCACGGUGGAGUGGCUGUCCGAGGACGAUCCCCAAUGGAUGAGGACGGGUAAGAAGGGCGUCAUCCAAGUGGCCGUCAUGCAUAGACUCUCGGGGGAUGCACUAGUUUAAAUAUUAUAGUUUAUAAAUAGCAAAGAAUGACCUUAUUUGAUACAAGACAGCACAUAAUACGUAUGUAGCUAUUGUCGUUUUAUUAUUAUUUUAUGUUUUAUGCCCUAUGACCUAGUGUUAGGGUAGGCGGUGUAAGUCGUUAAAAUAAGUAUUGCAUUCCAUAUUAUAGACUACGGCUAGGCAUUACCAAGUAAGUAUGAAUGGUAGAAAAAUAUGUAUGCUCUAAGGCCAUAUUUAUAGCUAUGUGUAGAUGUUUAGAUGUACUCGUAUGUAGGUGUUCAGAUCCCGACUCAGAUGCUGGGGAUCGGCUGUGUUUGCGAUGCACAUCAAAUUUCAAGUCUUAUCAAUUGCUGUUGCAAGAAAUUAGGUAAAAUACAAAACAAAAACGAGAAACUUCUUUAGCGUUUACGUUUGUGGUCAGCUUAGGCACCACGCCUAGUCAUCCUCCAUGUCUUUGCGUUUGUUGUAGAAUUUCAUAUUAUAUAUAAUCCAAUAAAUAAAUGGAUUCUU